AUGGUUAAUGACUUCCAGAACGGUUCCCUCUCAAGCCGUCUUGGAAAUCCUAUGAUUUAUGGGAUUGAUGCUGUUCAUGGUCACAACAAUGUUUAUAAGGCCACUGUAUUUCCACACAACGUUGCCCUCGGUGCUACAAGGGAUCCUGACCUCGUUAAGAGGAUUGGCGCAGCUACUGCUCUUGAAGUUAGAGCCAUGGGAUCAAUUAUGUUUUUGCUCCCUGCAUUGCGGUAUGUUGCCGAGAUCCCAGAUGGGGUAGGUGUCGAAAGCUACAGUGAGGAUCCCAGUGUGUUGAACAAAGACAGAUAUCAUUCCUGGCUUGCAAGGAGAUCUUCCUGCGAUUCCACAAGGUGUUCCAUGUUGCGGCACAAACACAAGAAUUAUCGAACUAAAGAUGCUGAGAAAAAACACUCCCCAAAAGAUUGGUCAGAUGGUGCAAUUAGACCGCACUGCCACUGUGAUAUCAUGAGGGACUAUUCAAUUGGCAGUUUACUAAGCGGCGGAGGAAGUGUGCCAAUGCCUCAGGCCCAGCGGAGGAAUGGAUUAACAUGGGAUCCUGACCUCGUUAAGAGGAUGGCGCAGCUACUGCUCUUGAAGUUAGAGCCACUGGGAUCAAUUAUGUUUUUGCUCCCUGCAUUGCGGUUUGCCGAGAUCCCAGAUGGGGGUUUUGUAAUCUCUGAUUGGCAGGGAAUUGACAGAAUCACCGAUCCUCCCCAUGCAAACUUUACAUACUCAGUUUUGUCAGGAGUCAAUGCUGGCAUGACAUGGAUUUUGAGAGUUAAGUUCACCAUGGGCCUAUUUGAGAAUCCUGUGGCCGAUCAGAGCUUUGUACCUUCUUGGAAGCCAAGAACCACAAUUCUGAAUGGUAUCACAGCAGCAGUUGAACUUGGAACUGAAGUGGUCUACAGUGAGGAUCCUGAUAUGGAUUAUGUCAAGUCAGAAAACUUUUCCACGCCAUUGUCGUGGUGGAGAGCUUCCCUAUGCGGAGACACAAGGUGA